AGAAAAUGCCUCAAGAGAUCAAGUGUCCUAUCUCUGAUUCUGCGAUCCAUGAUCAAAAGAGAGUUACCGGAGGUAGCAGGUCACAUAAGAAAAAAGGAAUGGAUGAACUCAAGCACGAAUUAUUCAAUCCCCCUUCGAAAUCUAAUGCUCAGUUACAUAACAAAGCCAUCAAUGCUGAAGAUAGAACAAAUCGAGCUAAUCAGGAAAAAUUUUAUAUUGAUGCCUUUACUGGAAGGAUUUCAGAGAUCAGCUUGAUGAAAUUAUCAGAAGCAAUGGUGUUGUCUCCGGAAGCUGGUCAUGUAUCUGAAAUUUCUAAAACAGCCUGUCCCGGAAAAAAAUUGCCUGAAGUAAAUACACUAUCUACACCUCAAAUCACUCCAGCUAAAGCAGAUGAUAAUAAUCUCACAGAUCUCAAGGAGGAAGAUUUCUGUGGCGAUGAGGUGUUGAUCGCAAAUGUAUU